GCUUCCUGUUCCGGUCUGACUCCGGAAGUGUCUGGGCCGCCUCUGGGCCUGCUGCCUGUGAUUGGGCGGGGUGGGCCUAGGGGCUCCGGAGGGGUUCGGGAAUGUGGCUGGGAGCCGCCCCCGCCUCUCGGCCCCUCAGCCCCCUUCGGCGGAGAGGCCGCGAGCUUUCAGCCGGAGGUCCGCGAAGACGCGAGAUCUCGCGAGGAACGCCACUACGGCGCAACCUGUGGAGGGGCAGCUAGGCGCGAGGGUGUCGCCGCAUAGCGUGGGCUCUGGUUCCCGGGGAUCCCUCGGCCUCGGCGCUGCAGGGUCUGGUUUUCGCUUGUGCGUCAGCCUCUACCCGAGACAUGGUCGCUUUCCCCUAGUCUAGACACGCUUUAAAUGGCCAUGGCAAAAGUCAGUUUGCAAGCACUGGAAUAAGUCUUAUAAAGGAACAUUUUGCAACAUGGAUUCUCUCACAGAAGAAUUUUUUGUGAGUGGAAAUCCUGAUGUAGAAGAGCAGACCAAGGAAGAAACUGAGAAUAAAGUAGAGAAUCCAGUCAGUGAGCUGGACAAACAGAAAAUGGAUAUACGUGCUGAUCUUGACCCUGUUAACCCACUAUUAGAAGUGAAGAAGCUAUUAAAUGCAGUCAAUUCUCUCCCGAAAGGUGUGUUCCCUAACAUUGAAAAGUUCAUACAAGAAGAUUUGUCCUUCCAGACUAUGCAGAGGGAAGUCGCAGCUAAUGGCCAGGCUGGGGAAGAAAUUGUUCCUGCUUUAACAUUACAUUUUUUGAUAACACAACUGGAAACAGCACUUAGAAACAUUCAAGCUGCUAAUUAUACUGCACACCAAAUCAAUAUUGGUUAUUACUUGACAUUACUGUUUUUAUAUGGUGUGGCACUUACUGAAAGAGGAAAGAAAGAGGACUGCACAGAAGCUGAAAAUAAAUUUUUGGUGAUGAAGAUGGUGAUCCAAGAGAAUGAAAUUUGUGAAAACUUUAUGUCUUUAGUUUACUUUGGACGUGGUUUACUUCGAUGUGCUCAGAAGAGAUAUAAUGGAGCACUACUAGAAUUUCACAAGAGCUUACAAGAAAUGGAAGAUACAGAUGAUGAGUGGUUUGAAGUAGAUCCUACAGAUGAUGAAGAUUUAUCUACAACUUUCAAAGAUAUUCUCAAUAAUUUUAUCAAAACAACUGAAAGUAAUAUAGUGAAAGAGGCCAUUUGCAGUUACCUUGAUUGUGAGCGCUCUUGUGAAGCUGACAUUUUAAAGAACACCAACUAUAAGGGAUUUUUUCAGCUAAUGUGCAGUAAAAGUUGCUGUAUUUACUUCCAUAAAAUAUGUUGGAAAAAGUUCAAGAAUUUAAAGUACCCAGGAGAAAAUGACCAGAGUUUUAGUGGGAAAAAAUGUUUGAAAGAAGGAUGUGCAGGUGACAUGGUAAGGAUGCUGCAAUGUGAUGUGCCUGGAAUUGUCAAAAUUUUGUUUGAAGUGGUGAGAAAGGAUGAAUAUGUAACCAUUGAAAAUUUAGGAGCAAGUUACAAGAAGUUUAUGUCCCUGGAAUUAACUGAUACUGAUAUUAGGCCGAAAUUCAAUUUAAAAUUAAAUACAAAAGAUGAAAUGCCUAUCUUCAAACUUGAUUAUAAUUAUUUCUAUCAUCUGCUUCAUAUAAUUAUUAUUUCUGGUACUGACAUUGUCCGGGAAAUAUUUGAUGAGGCUAUGCCACCCACUCUUUUGAAAAAAGAGCUGCUUAUACACAAGAAUGUGCUGGAACCCUACUACAAUCAUCUGUGGACCAAUCACCCUUUGGGUGGAUCAUGGCAUCUGCUUUAUCCCCCAAACAAGGAGCUACCACAGUCCAAACAAUUUGACCUAUGCCUCUUAUUAGCGCUCAUUAAACAUCUGAAUGUAUUCCCUGCACCCAGAAAAGGCUGGGAUAUGGAACCACCGUCUUCUGAUCUCUCUAAGUCUGCAGACAUUCUCAGGCUCUGCAAGUACAGAGAUAUCCUCCUCAGUGAGAUUCUGAUGAAUGGGCUCACUGAGUUACAGUUCCAUUCAAUUUGGAAAAAAGUUUCUGAUAUUCUUCUGCGCCUUGGGAUGAAACAAGAGGAUAUCGACCAAGUCAAGGAGAAUCCCAUUGAGAAUAUAUCCCUUGAUUAUCAUCAGCUGUCAAUUUAUCUAGGCAUACCAGUACCAGAAAUCAUCCAGAGGAUGUUAUCCUGCUAUCAACAAGGAAUUGCUCUACAGUCAAUAACAGGCACUCAGCGUAUUGACAUAGAAGAGUUACAGAAUGAUGAAGAAGAAUUGAGUCCACCUGUGAUGGAAUAUAAUAUAAAUGUGCAAUCAAACACUGAACUACAGUUAGCAGAAAUAAAUAAAGAAAUAGCCUCAAUACCUAGUGAAUCUUCAACAGAAUCUAUUAAAGAUCUCCAAGAGGUGAAAAGUAAAACAAAGAAAAAGAAAAAAACUAAGAAUAAAAAGGAUAAGGACUCAGAAGAAGAACAAGCCGCAUAUAUGGUAGAAAAGGACGACCAGCUGGAGACAGAACAAGGAGAUGUGCACACAUUGAGCCCAUACGUGAAAACUGAUGCAAGUGAUGCACAAGAGGAUUCUGCCACUGAGGACAAGUUCUGUAGCCUGGAUGAGCUGCACCUUCUGGACAUGGCAGAGCAGGGCUCAUCUGGAAAGGAAAGUACAGACUACAAAGAAACUGAAAAGGAAAGGCUCGCUCAUCAACAUCAACUUUAUAAGUUGCAGUAUGAAUGUGAAGAUUACAAAAGACAACUGAAAACAGUAACAUUUCGGUGGCAGGAAAAUCAAAUGCAGAUUAAAAAGAAAGAAAAAAUCAUUGUAUCUCUAAACCAACAAGUGGCUUUUGGAAUCAAUAAAGUGUCCAAAUUACAGCGCCAAAUCCAUGUUAAAGAUGAUGAAAUCAAGAACCUUAAAGAUCAACUUUCCAUGAAAAGAUCUCAGUGGGAAAUGGAGAAGCAUAAUCUAGAAAGCACAGUUAAAAUGUAUUUAAGCAAACUGAAUGCAGAAACCAGCAGAGCCUUAACAGCUGAGGUGUAUUUCUUACAGUGUCGUAGAGAUUUUGGUUUACUACACCUUGAGCAGACAGAAAAGGAGUGCCUCAAUCAGCUUGCCAGGGUGACUCACAUGGCAGCAAGCAACCUGGAAUCACUUCAAUUAAAGGCUGCCGUAGAUAGUUGGAAUGCCAUUGUGGCGGAUGUUCGAAACAAGAUUGCAUACCUGAGGACACAAUACAAUGAACAAAUCAAUAAAGUGAAGCAAGGGUUUGCCUUGAGUACCUUGCCUCCAGUCCAGCUUCCCCCACCACCACCAAGUCCUGAGAUACUGAUACAGCAGUUCUUAGGAAGACCUCUUGUGAAGGAAUCUUUCUUUAGACCAAUACUUACUGUUCCUCAAAUGCCUGCAGUUUGCCCUGGAGUCAUCUCUGCAGCUGUACAACCUAGGCCGCCCCUGAUGCCUGGUAUAACCUGGGCUAUGCCAACACCUAUAGGUGACACUGUGUCACCCAGCGCAAGUCUGUGCAGUGAACCUCUCAUGAUAAACUGGGAGAGGAUCACAGACAGACUGAAAAUGGCUUUUCCACAACAGACAAGGAAGGAGCUUACAGAUUUUUUACAACAAUUAAAAGAUUCUCAUGGGAAGUCAGUGUCUCGACUGACAUUUGAUGAAAUUGUUUACAAGAUUUCUCAAAUGAUUGGGCCGAAGAAACCCGAGAGUGAAGGAAAGACUGUGCCAGAUGGUAAUAGUGCUUCACCCAGCCACACUUCACAGCCUAAUGCUCCCCAGGCCCCCACAGCAGCUCAAGGUUCUGCCACAUGGGAAGGAGCCAAAGACUUGGAUAAUGAAGAGGAAGAAGAGGAGCCUUGUGUCAUCUGUCAUGAGAAUUUGUCUCCAGAAAACCUUUCAGUUUUGCCUUGUGCUCACAAAUUCCACUCUCAGUGCAUUAGACCAUGGUUGAUGCAACAGGGGACAUGCCCCACCUGCAGACUCCAUGUUUUGCUUCCAGAAGAAAUCCCUGGCCACCCCAACGGGCAGUUACCCAAGAUCUGAUACAAGGCAGGUAGCUAUACCUAAGAUCAGUUUUAGACAUUGGAAUUUAGUUCUGCUUUUUAAUGAGCUAAUUGUAUGAGUAGUAUUAUGCAGCUUUGACCAGCUAAUCACACCAGAGCUGAGCCAAAUUGAUCAAGACAGAUCUAAAGCACAUGUAAUUUAAAUGGAAGGGACUUAAAGAAGAUGGGAUUUUGAUAGUUGCAUUUUAUUGCUCUUCAUAAGAUUUUCCAUCUGUAAACACAAGACCUGUAAACAUGAGUAUUCAUAUUUCUUAGAAUGUCCUGUCCUUUAUUCCUUCAUACUCUAUUGUCCUUUACUUUCUCUCAAGUAUGGUACAUUUUAAUUUCCUAAAAUAAAUUUAGGAGAAUGACUAGGAAAAUUCUAUAGGUUUUAGUUUUCUUUUUAACUUUAAAAGCUUGGUGUUAAAAUAUAAUUAUUAUAAGUUAUUUUUCUAUCUUCUGAAAUAGCUACCCUUGGUGAGAUUAUGGACUCUUUGACACUGGUAAUCAUACAAUGGUCUAUAAUAGUUUGUGACAGAUGAUUAUUAAGUUUCAGACAGUGCAGAUCCAGUUCGUCAAAUUGUUGGUGCCAUGAAAUCUCCACAAUAAUUAGACUGUAGAAGCUGCAAGUAAUAUUUGUCUUUCCCCCUAAGAGCUAGUUAAAAAUCACACCACAAGAUGCCUAUAUUUUUAAUAUUUAGCAAAACAGAUACAGAAUAAAGUUAGAUUUGAAAUGAAGAGAUAGUAAAAUGGGCAGAUAUGCAAAUUAAGUAAUUUGCUGGGAUGACUAAUGGAGAUCUUACAUUUCUUUGUAAAGAUAUUCUUUAGAUCUUAAUCAUUUUCAUUUGUGAGAUACCUACUUUUUUCCCUCUUUAAAAAUGUCUGCUUUUCGUAACUGUUCUGGGGAAGAGAGGAAGCCGUGCACAUGUACUUGCUUCUGCUGUGACGGAGUUGAUGUUCACUAGACCAAUUGCCUAUAAACAGCUUGUCCUUGGGAAUACCAAUUCUUAGACAACAAGUCUAUUUUAAAAAAUAAUGUAAUGCUGUAAUGUUGUACGUGCCUGUACUUUUAAACCUAAACAAAACCAUAGUUACUUUGUGAGACAUAUAUUCCUUGGUUCAUAUUCCCAAUCUCGAUGUCAUUAAAUUUUUUUGGGGGGAGUGGUUGACUUGGAAACAUGUUUUUGUAUAUUUCAGUGUAAAUGUAUGUUGAAGCUACUGUGAAUAUCUAUUUAAAAAUGCAAUGCCUGUAAUUGUAUGGUAAACUUUUUUUAUCUGAAAAUAAACUGAAAAAUGUGAAGAAAAAUACUUUUUAGAUGUCAACAUUUGAGUGGGUGAUAUGACUCAGCAGAUAAAAGUGCUUGUGGUGCAAACCUGAUGACCAGAGUUCUAUCUCUGGAACCCGCCUGGUGAAAGGAAAAAACAACUAACGUGUGAACUGUCCUCUGACCUCCCCAUUAACAGUGUGACUUGUGUGUGUACAAGCAUGCAAUACACACAGAUGCACAAAAGAGAAAGGGAAGAAGGAAAGAAAAUGGAAAGGAGUGGAAAGAAAAAGAAAGAACUUUUAAUUAAAUAGUGCCAUUUGUCUGUAUAUAAAGAGUCAACAUUGUGUUGGAAUUGCAGAAUUUAGAACUUAUGGAACAUUUAAUCAUUGUGGUUAUGUAGCAAGUUUUUUUGUAUUAGUUAGUUCAUACUUAUAAUUUGUUUCUUAGUUCAUGUUUAUAAACUGUUAUUUCAUUUUUUGUGGAAAAUAAAUAUUUCUGA